AAGCUUGUACAUAGGAUGGCCUUCUAAGCAAUACUUACACAAUUGGAAAUUUCUACAGAAUGACGCUGUCCGACCAGAAGGUUGCCCUCGUUACGGGUGCCAAUGGUGGGGUCGGUUUGGCACUGUGUGAGAGGAUGCUGGCUGAAAACCCCAAACUAAAACUGAUACUUGCGUGCCGGAACCUGGCCAGAGCUAUUGCGGCAAAGAAGGUGCUGACGACCGGAAGACCAGCGGCCAGCGUCGACAUCGUACUGAUGGACGUCAGCUCCGUGGCGUCGGUCUACCGCGCCGCACGCGAGAUCUCGCAGGCGUACGACAGGCUCGACUACCUGUUCCUCAACGCCGGGUUCAUGAAAGUGACGCACGUAGACUGGCAGUCGUUCUUCGGCCGCCUCUUCACGGCGCAGUGCGUGGAGAUGCUGGCAACGGGCAAGGGCCUCCUCGUGCAAGACGGGCAGAAGACGCCCGAAGGCCUGCAGGCGGUUUUCGCGACGAACCUCUUCGGCCACUACGUUCUCCUGCGCGAGGUCGACGCGCUGCUGCGUCGCGGCGCGCGCGUCGUGUGGACGUCGUCGGUGAACGCGAGCAGUGCGGAAUUCGACAUCGCCGACGUGCAGUGCGCGCGCGGCGCCGAGCCGUACGCGUCGUCGAAGCACGCCGUCGACCUGACGAGCGUCGCGCUGAGCGAGCGCUGGCGCGACCGCGGCGUACACUCGCACGUCACCUGCCCGGGACUCGUGCUGACCAAUCUGACGUACGGCAUACUGCCGCGAUGGUUCUGGACUCUGAUCGUGCCGCUGCUCUACCUGAUGCGCGUCUUCCUGCCCAGUAACACCAUCGACCCGUACCACGGCAGCGAGGCGCACGUCUGGGUGGCCAACCAGCGCGCCGAGUCGCUCGACCCCGCACUCAAGUACUGUAGCCGGGUGUCCGUUCUCGGCAACGCCUACACCGACGCGUUGAAGUUGGACGUGACACUGGACGAGGGAGAGCACCUGCUUGACCAGUUGAGCCAGCUUGAGCUGGAUAUGAGGCAGAAAUUUAAAAAAUAAAGUACAAUUUUAAUAAGCGAGUAAUUGACCAGUUAGUGUCGUAGUCAUAAAUUGGAUGUUGUCGGCACUUCGAUCAUUUGGCUUUAAAAUAUUGUGAUAUGAUUUGUUGUAAUGUUUAUUAAUUUGAAUGCUUUUAUGCCUUCUUACCCAUAAGCAGGAGUCAUAACAUUGUAUUUGCUCCUGCCGUAAGUGAAACAUAAUGCACAGUGAAAUACCACACAGUGCUACAUGAUGGGCAUAUGUGUAGUGUCAUGGCAAUUCCGGUACAAUGUAUUACUAGUCCAAUGAAUUGAUAUUAUGAUAUUCAUUGUAUUUUUACUGUAACUUUGAUGUCAUUUACUCAAAGCGACAAUCUAAGUACUUGUAUUUAUUUUAUCUGAGAAAAUAUACUAAAUACAAGUAAAUGUUCACUAAGUUUAUAAAAAAAAUUAACGGGAAAUGAUGUGAUAGAAAUAUUUGUUGAUUGUUUAACGAAAAUUAUUGUCAUUAU